ACAAGCAUCACUGUCCACUUCAAGGUCACAUUUAAAAUAGGAAAGCGCAAGUUCAGGAGCCAUGAUAUCGGCCAACCGCUGAUUUGAUUGAAAGCGGGCCUACUUUUAGCAGAUCUGCAGGCUGCAUUCAUCUCCACACCGUUGUAUAUUUCAAAAUCCCAACGUGACUUCCAAGCUUUGCCGCCACUGUUCAAAGUUACGUGGAGCAUUAUUCAUCCGUUGAAGGAAACUUAUUCCAAAACGCUCCUCUCCUACAUGCCACGUGUCACCAAUCUUGGCUUUUACGUAGACAGUCAACUGUGUUCAUGGACUCGUGAAGCCCAGUUCGGGCCCGCCAACCCUUCAAUCCCGCCGAGACUAGUCUAUUCCUUCGUCUAUAUAUAUAUAUAAGAGAGCUAGCAAAGCUAGAAAUAGAGUUUGUUAUUUUCAGUUAUAGUAAUAGGUACUUUGUAGGAGAGGUUUUUCUUUCUCUGUGAACCAUGGCUGUGGAUGAAUCGUUCAGGCAACCAGGGGCCGUUCCAUUCAAGUGGGAGAUCCGACCUGGUGUGCCCAAGGUCCAGCACCGUCACCAGCAACCUGGUAACCACCAACGUUCAUCCACGAACCCGCCGCAGAAGCUCCGGCCUCCGCCUUCCAGUCCCCGGUCCAAUUUCCCCCCUCUGCCUGAAUUCCAAACCGGGACUUUCCGAUCAGCGCCUCGAGCCCGCUCCGAUCGCUGGAUAUUCGACCAGCCCGCGGUGGUUUCGGUCGGGUGCUUUCCAGCACCAUUGAUGAGCCGAAAGGAUAGCAAGAAGAGGAUCGUAAAAUUACCAGAGCCCAUGUUCAAUUCGGACAUCGAAAUUCGGACCCGAAGGUCCUUUUCUUUUCGGAGGGCCCCGUCGCCAUUCCUGGCUUCGCCGUCGUCGUCUUACUCGUCAUACGGGUCUUCGCCUCGACCCGUCAGAGAUUCCGAUUGGGCCGGGUUCGGACUCUUCUAGUGAAAAACUGUUGUAUGUUUGGAAUGCUUCAGAGCCGUCCGAUUUGAAUACUUUUUUGAAGGAAUAAUAGUAUUCGCACGCCCUCAUCCUAGGCGCGUGGAAAGGACGAGCGAAUUGAAAUAGGACAACUUACUUUUUAAGCCACCCUUUCUCUUUAAUUAAUGAAGUAAUUUGGUCAUUAGUCAAAGCUGCCACGCA